UCCGAGUUAUUCACUUUCGGUUUGAUCGGAAUUACCCGGAUUUUACCGGCAAAAUUUCGAAGCGACUAGGAAACAUACAGCGGUUAUUAGUUGAUAACUGCUUGAACGACGUGGUGCGUCUGCACAUACGCGGCUAUAUACUACUUCUUUACACCAUAUAAAAUGCCAACAAACAAAGACUUCUCCUUUUCAAUACGAGUGGGAGACACUACACUGCCAGAAUACAACAAAGAUGGAGUCAGUUAUGUAGAGAGCAACUUGUUCACACCAUUCAGCUACCAACAGGAAUAUUCAGAGAUCAUUCAUGGUGAAAAUGAAACGCAGAAAUGGCCAGUGACACCAUUUGUGAUUGCUCUUCGUGGAAAAUCUUCCAUUCCACGUUCAUAUUAUCGUGUGUAUGUGGAUGGUCAGGUGGUCAAGAAGAUGAGUGUUCCUCCAGGGAAGACCAGGCUCGUGAGAGGAUUCCGGGACGGAAAUAAUUGUGUGGAAUUCCUAUUUUCCCUGCCAAGGUUCUGCCGUGGAGAGGGCGACAAGUUGGCAACAGAUCAGGUGUCACGGGUCGGUCUUAUUGAGGUGGAGUGCUACAAGGCUGUAAAGAAGGCAACAUUUGUGACGAGGAGAAAGAGAGAUCUCCUCUUUGACCAGGCCAACAAGAACGACUGUUUUGUUGUCACACAAGGGCAAUACCUGAUGGCGACCACCAAGGCUGGGAGAGUCCUCAAGAAGCGCCCGACCACUAAGAUGACUGACCACUGGACAAUUGAGCGCAUGCGUAGUCGGCAGAGUGUGAAAUAUGUGACCUCACAAACUCUUGCUGAUCUUGGAAUUUCCAUCGUUCCCAUCCCCUUCCCCACCAAUCCCACAACAGAAAAAGGCAAAGAAAAAUCUGUUAAAAAAGAAAUAUGUACUAAACCAGUGAAGCAGGAAACCCAGGGUCCUUCUAGGGCCUUAGCCCCAGACAAGGGUCCUUCUAGGGCCUUAGCCCCAGACACUCGCAUCAAGUUUCUAAUUUGACUGUAGUACUGCAUUGACUCUGUAAUCAUUUAUAUUUACACCACAAACUGAUUAUCUAUUGCAUGUUAUGGUAUGGCAUUGUCCAUCCAUCCAUCCGUCCGUCUGCCCAACUUAAACUUCUAUUUGUCCCACAUUCCCCUUCUACAUUUUCGACCAUUCUCUUUGAAACUUGGUAUACAUUACAUGUAUUUUCAUGAAUUGAAGUUUUUUUCUUUGACAAGAAUUUUGUUUCAACAAUUUUUGCAAAGGUUAACAAGCUUUAUUUCAGUAAAUGACUUUUUGUCUGGAGAUUUACAUUUUUUUUUUUUUUUUUUACAGAUUUCUUUGAUAAUUGCUAUACAGUAUAAUUACUACAUGAAAUUGUGUUUGCCUGGAAGAAUUUUGAUUCAAUUAUUUUUGUAAAAAUAGUAUUGCCAUUGUUUAUUUCAGUAUGAUAUUUUGUCCAGAGAUUUCCUCCUAAAUUUUCAACUUUGAAUGCAUUAUCUAUGAUCAUGAUAUAAAGUUUCUGUUUACACGAAAACAUUUUGAUUCAACUAUUUUUGCAGAAGUUAUUGCCCUUUGUUUAUUUCUAAUACUUGCACCUUGUCCAGAGAUACCCUUUUACAGUUUUCUAUCAAUUUCUUUGAAACUUGGUAGACCCUUUAGUCAUGAUAUUAAGUUGUGUUUAAUGAGUUGGAGAUUUUGAUUACUAGUUUUCCUCAAAUUGUUAGAAAAUUGAACAUUGUCUUUGUAGUGAAAGGUGAGAUUUAUAACAUGCCACCUAGCAACUUUUAGGGUAAUGCAAAUAUUAUUAUAAUGCAAGACACUAUACAACACUACAUGACAUUAGACAUGUGUACAUUGCUCUGCCCUGCUGUACUGUUCUUCAGCAUCUCAUUUGACGUAAAUCACAUCCAUCUGACUCUCAUUUACAUACAUGUACUUCAUAUUCCAGAAAGUGUUUUAGUCUAGUCAUAAUGAAGUCUUUUUCUUGGGGAUAUUAAACAAUCAAAGUGUAAACAGUUUAUUAAGAUUUCCAAAAAACAAUGGCAACUGAUUCGAAUAGCUUGGUUGCAAUGAUAAUGGAAUGAAAACCUCUUGAUUGGUCAGAAUUUAGAUGAUGUAUGAUUUCGCCAAAAAUUGGUACAUAAGGGUUUUGAGGGAUGCUAAUCAUAGUGGCAAUAGUUUUU